CCGGGAUCACAGAAGAAAGACUGCUCUAAACUGCGAGGUAUCUGGACUCAUCUGAAAAUGAGGGUACUUGCUCUUGCCCUUGUGUUGGUGCUGUGUGUGUGGAGGGGAACUCUGAGUGUGCAGGUCAAGAUCGGGGACAGGAGCUUUCCCCUGAAGGCGGUGGAGCAGCUAAAGGAGCUGAUGGACUUGGAAGAAAACCUUAACCCUCACCUUGCAGAGACAAGUACUGCAGCAGUUUGUGCCCACCCUCUCCUGCCUCAAGUCUUUCGCCCAGUGUGCCAAGGAAAGGGCACUGGGAUUGUUUUCUCAAGACUAGUGUACAUCAUCAUGUCAUCAGAUACUUGUGAGAUAUGUGCCAACCCUUCCUGCUUUGGGUGUCUGGACUGAAAGGGCCAUCUGCUAGAUGGUCAAACACAUCGAUCGAGAGCUUCAAGGGGGACUUAUCUUCAAUAGCUUCUUUUUCCACAUGUCUAUGUUUAAGGUAUCCAUUGACAUAAAAAAAAAAACAAUCAACAAGUCCAAAAGGUCCCAUGGCUCAGCGGUCAACAAAAUGGAUUUUGGAUAGCAGUUACAUUUAAAAAUCAUGAUUUGUGGCAUUUGUAUGCAUACAUAUUUUAGUUAUUGUUUGUGACCAAAUAAUACUUCAAAGUUUGUCUUAGAGAUUCACCACAUCACUCUGAUGUGACCUUAAAAUUCAAGCUAUUAGAAAGCCAAGAAAGUAGCUACUAUAUGAAACAUAAGUUUUGUAGGUCUAUUAAUGGGCUCAUGUUUAGAAAUUCAUGAUGAUGCCUUCAAUCACAGCUUUCACGGUAGUCACUCAUCUAUCCUUUAGACAACCUUCAUUUAGUUUUAUGUACAGCUACUCUUCUGCUUGCGUCUCCUCUACAUUGCAAUCAUCUAGAAACCCGCACAGCCAAACGAGUCUAAUGGAUCAGAUAAUGGAUAGAUCAAAUGAAAGAGAUGACCUCUAGCAAUUCCAGUAAAAACAGUGGUGACCCACGCAUGUUUGUACUAGUUUGUCCCAGAAGAAAUUGUGCAUUAAAACCUGAUUGUUUUAGGUUUUUUGUAACUCCCACAAAUACAACACUUCUUUCAACUAUUAUUGUAGCAUUAGUGAAAUGUUUGUCUCUUUACAAAAAAACAAAAUGCAAUUAAUGUACAGUAAAUCAAAAUGAAGUUAAAUAAAACAUCCAUAAAUCCA